CGUAGGUCUAACCUGUUCAACCUGCCGGUAUCUGGAAUCUUGCGCAAGUCAAAACCAAGGAAGACGAGGCGUUAAGGUUACACGCAGCCACAAUCUUUUUCACCCUUUCCAGGAUCUUCAAAUUAGGAAGACAUGGAAACAGACAACACGGAGGACAUUGAGUCUCUGAUUGAGGACAUGCAGUACAUCCCCGGCCACUUCCACCUGGAGCUGAGUCUGAACUGUGAUCCUGUGGGUCCUGUGAAUCUGCGAUUCAGAGACACUCUCCUGAAGCAGGAGAGCCUGCAAGCUGAGCUGGAGGUCGAAGUGGGACAUCUGCAGUACGCUGUCCGAAAUCUCCUGGGGCUUCUGGCGUUUCACCUGGACCAGCCGGACAAAGCUGAGGAAAUAUUCAGGAACAUUUGUAAGGAAGACCCUGGGAAUCUCAACGCCUGGGCUAACCUGGGCUUUGUGUAUGACACACAGGGGAGAGAGCCGGAUGCAGAGGAAUGUGUGGACAAAGUCUCUUACCUCAUGGGGAUGAACUCCGGGGAGGAUUCCCAGGAGGAGACCAGGCUACUGGCAGCACGCUGUCUGGCCGAGCAGGCGUACGCAUUUCCAUAUGAUGUGGAGCUGGACAGCGAAGACAACUUGAGAGAAAGGCUGACGUCAGCGCUGUCGCUUUAUAACAAAGCUCUGCAUUAUGGUGGUCACCUGAUACCUUCAGAGGAAAAAAGAACCUGGUAUUUUAAAAUGGCAGCUAUUUAUGUAAGGCUGGACCAGAUCAUAAAAACCACGGAUGACUCUGAAUACGCAAGACUCUUUCACUACAAUAAGGGACUUAGGCUUCUAAAGGAAACACUUAAUUCUGAGACAAAACAGCACAAAGCUCUAGCUUGGUGCUACGUUGGCAUUAUGUUGGAGAGAAAGGACGAAUUUUCCUCCGUGCCCAUGUCAAUACACGACUGUGGUUUCUCAGCCUCUGAUCCUCUGUCCUGCUUUGGAACCGCCAUGGAUUUGGCCAGCAAUGAUUUCUCCUACUCUGCAUCUAUCUUCUUGCUGGCAACACGACUGGCAACCUCUGCAACUGCUCUAAUAUCUGCAGAUCCCGAGCUCAACUGGGAGGCCUACUGUAUGCGCGCCAAGAUCAAUGUGGUUGUAUAUGUCAACCAACUUGAAAAAGCAAAACAUGGAAUGGGAGGAGUUCCUGAGCGACAGAAGCUAGCCGAUGCUAGAAAAGACUUGGACAAGGUACUGACUGUGCGUCCGUGUCUGAGGACUCAUCUGGAGAUGGCCCAGAUAUACUAUUACAUGGGUGUAGACGCACUCCAAGAGACCAUUAUGGUGGAUGAAAGUUCAAUAAAUCAUGCUUUGGUCAGUUUGUCUAAAGCGCUACAGUUCAAGCCAGCAGACAGCUUACCGGACCUCCAUGUGCUCAGAGGACGCUGCCUUCUAAUAAAAGGCGAAGAGCAGAAUGCUGCAGAGUGCUUCAAACAGGCCAUGGAGUUGGAGAGACCUGGGAGCACUGACACCACAACCCUGCACUGCCUCCUUCUGACCCUCCUGAAUCUGUUUAUACUGGAAGCCUCCGACCGCAGUUCUGCUAUCACACAGCUGGAGACGUGGGUGAACAAGGCAGAGGAGCGAUACCCUCAGGAUAGAGUAAAAUCCGAACUUCGGUCCCUUUACAGAACGCACACAGAAGAGGUUACAGAGCUGUCCAAGACUCUGAUCCGGACAGGACGCUUGGGCCUGGUGAAAAGGCUGCUGGAAACGGUGGCGCCUCAGCAGCUUGCUGAGAGAAGACCUCUGGCUCGGACCUUUUCAUUAUCAUGAAACAACAGUGUUAUAUUCAUUUAGAUAAAUGUCUGUUAAGAAAACACAAAGAGCAAAACUCAACCGAGCAACAUCUUGACAGCAUUUCAGAGAAUUGGAAAACUUUAGCUAACUUUUCAGGUUCCGAUGUUUACAAUUUUUUGCAAAGUAAUGCAUAAUUAAGUGGAAGGAAGAAAGAUGAUUUUCAGAAUUCUUCACAAAUAAAGAUCUGAAAAGUG